AUGUAUAUAUGUAUAUAUGUAUAUAUCUUUUUAUACUUCCUUAGUAUUUUACUUAGUAUUUUACUUAGUAUUUUACUUAGUAUUUUACUUAGUAUUUUACUUCCUAUAUCCUUAUUAGAUGUACCUACUUUAUACUAUUACCUAUAUGCUAUUCUUAUCCCUUUAUACUAUACUAUUCUAUUCCUCUUAUACUAUUCUUAUCCCUUUAUACCUUUAUAUUCUUAUACUUUUAUACUUUUAUACUUUUAUACCUAUAACCAUUUAUACCUUUAUACCUUUAUACCUUUAUACCUUUAUACUUUAUACUAUUUCCUCUUAUACCACCUAUUCUUAUUAUAA